AUGGCAGCUCCUGCAAGUUCAGAGCCAACGUGGCGGCUGCUGUACGGUGAAGAGCCCCGAUAUGUGCAGCCUGCAAGCCGGGUGUACAUACGACACAUACCCACGCGCUUCUCUGAGGCUCAGCUGAAGCAGCGGCUGCAGGCAACAUACGGCCCAGUAGAUAUUGAGGUGUAUGUACGCGGGGGGUGUAAUGAUGGAUACGCAUGGGUAGCCUUUAAACAGGAGGAGUCUGUUAGGAGGGCUAUUGCUCUAGAUGAAGCGGGGAGGAUAGGCGGUCCUGUAUCAGCAGCACCAGCAGCAGCACCAGCAGCAGCAGCAGCACCAGCAGCAGAGUCUGCUGCAGCAGCACCUGCAGCAGCAGAUGCACCAGCAGCAGAAGCAGCACCAGCAGAAGCAGCAGCAGCAGAUGCGCAAGAUAAGCCAAGCAAACAACCACAGCAACAGAGUAAAACCCCCGCAACACAAGCAGCGGGAGGAGGUAGCAACAGCGGCAACAGCAGGGGCAGCAGCAAAAGCAGAAGCAUUGAGAAGGAGAAGCCAGAGCUGGCAGCAGGCGGUGCGGGGCCCAAGCGACAAGAGAAGCAGCAGCAGGGAGAGGGAGAGCAGCAGCAGCAGCAGCAGCAGCAGCAGCAGAAAACAGAAAAGAGAGAGCAGUGA